CACAAAAUGGCAUUCCUCUCCAACUUAGCAUUCCUCUCAGCCCUUCUCGUCCUCAUCACCUCCGCCGCCGCCGAUUUCUACCGCGACACCGAUAUCACAUUUGGCGACGGCCGCGCCAAGAUUCUUGAAGGCGGCCGUGGCCUCUCACUCUCGCUCGACCAACAAUCCGGCUCCGGCUUCCAAUCCAAGAAGGAGUUCUUGUUCGGCCGAUUCGACAUGCAGAUCAAACUCGUCCCGGGCAACUCUGCCGGAACCGUCACCACUUUCUACUUGUCAUCUCUAGGCGCCGGCCACGACGAAAUCGACUUCGAAUUUCUCGGGAACUCCACCGGCGAGCCCUACACCGUCCACACAAACGUGUACUCGCAGGGAAAAGGUGACAAGGAGCAGCAGUUCCAUCUCUGGUUCGACCCCACCGCCGCCUUCCACACCUACUCCAUCGUCUGGAGUCCCAACAAGAUCAUAUUCCUGGUGGACAACAGCCCUAUCAGAGUGUUCAACAACCACGGAAGCUCGGGGGUGGCUUUCCCCACGAAGCAGCCGAUGAAGGUAUACUGCAGUCUUUGGAACGCGGACGACUGGGCCACCCAGGGCGGCCGUGUGAAGACGGACUGGUCCCACGCUCCAUUCACGGCGUACUACAGGAACUUCAAGACCGAAUCGUGCGCGGCUGGAACGCCGUGCGCGGCUCAGGAGCUGGACGGCAAGGCAAGAAACAGGCUCAGAUGGGUUCAGCAGACACACAUGGUCUACAAUUACUGCACAGAUGCAAACAGAUUCCCUCAGGGAGCUUCUGUUGAGUGUCGGAAAUCCAGAUUUUAAGAUUCUGUGUGUGUCUAUUCUUGAUUUAUUUAUUUAAUUCUUGUGUGAUGUAAACGUAAUGUAGCGCUUUACCAUAAUAAUAUUCGAUUGUUAUUGAUUUGUGAG